CACGUGACGUCAUAUCCCUGGGCGUCCUUAAAGUGAAACAGAAAGUGAUCGUCUCAGACACUUGCGCAGAACCAUAAUUGUAACAAAUAUCUUCACAUGUCACGACUGAAGAUUGGAGAGACAGGAGCAGAAUAAAAAUGAGUGCUUAUAAACUGAGUAUGUCUGAGGAGAGAGAUGAGGAGUCUGCUGUUGACGCUCGCAUACCAGCAUCUUCAGGAUUCAGCUUUGUGUCUAUGAAGAGUAACAACUCCAUGCAUAAGCCCCCCGAUCUCAGUGAUGUUGACUCUCAGAGAUCUGCAUCUUCAGGAUUCAGCUGUGUGUCUAUGAAGAGUAACAACUCCAUGCAUAAGCCCCCCGAUCUCAGUGAUGUUGACUCUCAGAGAUCUGCAUCUUCAAGAUUCAGCUGUGUGUCUAUGAAGAGUAACAACUCCAUGUAUGAGCCCCCCGAUCUCAGUGAUGUUGACUCUCAGAGACUGGCAUCUUCAGGAUUCAGCUGUGUGUCUAUGAAGAGUAACAACUCCAUGCAUAAGCCCCCCGAUCUCAGGGAUGGACCUGCUGUGAACUUUGUUGCUACCAGCAGAAAGAGAAAGAGAGCAGCCUCUCCACAGCAGCCCCCUGAUCUCAGUCAUAAAUCAGCACACCUUGAUCCUGUAUGUAUGUCCUCUCAGACCUUCAUAUCCUCGUACGGUCAGAACCACUUCAGUCAUUCUUACACAGAAACAGAUCUGCAGCUCAAUUCUCAUCAACCAGUACUUAAUGAUCUACAGAGAGUCAAAGAGCAGCACAAAACCAGCAUGAAGAAAAAGUACGAAAGCUUAUUUGAGGGAGUCAAACUACAAGAGAAUCAAACCCUCCUGAACAGGAUUUACACACAGCUGUACAUCAUAGAGGGAGAGAGUGAAGGAGUGAAUGAAGAGCAUGAGGUGCUACAGAUUGAGAAAAGUUACAGGAUACUUCAAGACACUCCAAUUAACUGCAAUGACAUCUUUAAUCCUUCACCUGAACCAGCAGAUGAGGAGAUUAGAAGAGAGAUCAAAAACAAAAUAAAGACUGUUCUUACUAAAGGCAUCGCUGGAAUUGGAAAAACUGUCUCUGUGCAGAAGUUCAUUCUGGACUGGGCAGAGGGAAAUGCCAAUCAGGAUGUAGAUUUCAUGUUUGUUCUUACAUUUCGAGAGCUGAACUUGAUUAAAGAUCAUCAGUACAGUCUUCACAGACUUCUGCUGGACUUUCAUCCUGAACUUCAAGAUCUGGACCCAAAGAUUUACAAUGAAUGUAAAGUUGUGUUCAUCUUUGAUGGUCUUGAUGAAAGCAGAAUCUCACUGAUGUAUUCAGACAUUCAGAAAGUUUCUGAUGUGGCUGAGAUUUCAUCAUUGGGUCUGCUGAUGUCAAACCUCAUGAAAGGAGAUCUGCUUCCCUCUGCUCUCAUCUGGAUCACCACCAGACCAGCAGCAGCCAAUCAGAUCCCCUCUGACUACAUAAACCGUAUGACAGAAAUUCAGGGAUUCAAUGACCCUCAGAAGGAGGAAUAUUUCAGGAAGAAAAUCAGUGAUGAGCAUCAAGCCAGCAGAAUCAUCUCAAAUAUCAGAAGAGCAAGAAGCCUCCACAUCAUGUGUCACAUCCCCGUCUUCUGCUGGAUCUCAGCCACUGUGCUUCAAAACAUCCUGAACCAAGAUCACAGUGCAGAAAUCCCUCAAACUCUAACUGAAAUGUACAUCUACUUCCUGAUCAUUCAAACAAACAUGAGGAACCAGAAGUAUGAAAAAAGACAUCCAGAGAAACUCCUGAAGUCCAACAGAGAAGUGAUUGUGAAACUUGCUGAACUGGCUUUCAAUCAGCUGAUGAAGGGCAAUGUGAUGUUUUAUGAGGAGGAUCUGAGAGAGAGCGGCAUAGAUGUCACUGAUGCUUCAGUGUAUUCUGGGAUCUGCACUGAGAUCUUUAGAGAGGAGUCUGUGAUUCAUCAAAGGAAGGUUUACAGCUUUGUGCAUCUCAGCUUUCAAGAGUUUUUUGCAGCACUGUAUUUGUUUUACUGUUAUUUACACAAAAACAGUGAGGUUCUGAAAAUGUUCCUGAUAGAAAAUUCCAGAUUCCACUGUGAGAAUGUGGAUGUGCUUCUUAAGGGAGCAAUGAAUAAAGCCUUGGAGAGUAAAAAUGGACACCUGGAUCUUUUCCUUCGAUUUCUUCAUGGCAUCUCACUGGAGUCCAAUCAGAGACUCUUACAGGAUGUACUGAUACACACCCAGAACAACCCAGAGAGUAUUAAGAAAAUAAUCCACAACCUCAAACGAAGUCAAAAAACCAAUGUUAGUCCUGAAAGAUGGAUAAAUCUGACACACUGUUUGAUUGAGAUGAAGGAUAACUCAGUUGUUGAGGAAAUGCAGGCAUUUCUAAACUCUAACAAAACAAAAAAACGUCUUUCUCUUGCACAAUGCUCAACUUUGGCAAACAUAAUCCUGAUGUCAGAGGAGGUACUGGAUGAGUUUGAUCUUAAAAAAUUCACCAUUAAAUCAAAAGGUGGGAGUCAGAGACUGUUACCCGCUCUCAGGAACUCCAGAAAAGCUCUAUUAGCAGGCUGUAAUCUCACUGGUCAACACUGUGAAAUUGUGGCUUCCGCUCUACAAUCACCAAACUCACCCCUGAGAGAGCUGGACCUAAGUAACAAUCAUCUGCAGGAUUCAGGAGGGAAGCUGCUCGCUGGUGGACUAAAGAAUCCAAACUGUCAACUCAACAUACUGAGAUUAUCUGGCUGUAUGGUGAAAGAGGAAGGUUGUGCCGCUCUGACAUCAGCUCUGAGUUCAAACCUUUCACCCCUGAGAGAGCUGGACCUGAGUAACAAUGAUCUUCAGGAUUCAGGAGUCAAACUGCUCGCUGCUGGACUGAAGAGUCCAAACUGUAAACUCAACAUACUGAGAUUAUCUGGCUGUAUGGUGAAAGAGGAAGGUUGUGCCGCUCUGACAUCAGCUCUGAGUUCAAACCUUUCACACCUGAGAGAGCUGGACCUGAGUAACAAUGAUCUUCAGGAUUCAGGAGUAAAGAUACUUUGUGCUGGACUGAAGACUCCAAAUCAAAUCAUCAUACUCAGAUAGAACCAUAAUCCCAAGCAGAAAAUGACUUUCAUGUAGGAAAGAGACUUGGUCCAUGUAUUACUUUUGUUUUACAGAAUGUAAAAACUUUAAAGCUUAAUAUCUCAAAACCACUCAGAACACAGAAAGAACCUUAUAAUUCUAAUGGGAUGAAUCACCCUCAUCCAUCCCCAACUCCUCAUCUUCUGUCAAUCAGGAUCCAGCCUUCUGAUUUUCCUUGAAACAGACUAAUUCAAACGUGUACUAAAAUGAUUGAACUUUACUAAUAUCUACAAUAUAUCAGUUGGCUCUGUUCUGUUUGCUCCGGGGGGUUAAUACUGCUCUCCCUGCUCUCAUCCAUGCUAUAGAUGAACAGAACAGAACCAUACCGACAAUUCAAACUGUAUGCUAAUUGUCAAUUAUCUUUAAAGAUGUUGCUUAAAUGUAUUAUUUCUGUCAGAACCACUAAGACAUUAGUAGCUGAUGAUGUAAGAAAUCACAGACUUGAACAUAAUCAAAUGUACAACUUGUUCAUAAUAAUAAGGAACUGCUUUUAUGAUGUCCACAAGUCACUAGAUGAUGUGGAAGAUGUACAACUUGUUUUGAGGAUUCCAUCUUUUUAUCUAAAAUGCACCAAAGUGCCUGAAAAAACUGUAUAAUUUGACCUGUGUUCUAUUUCUAUGCCAACUCUAAAACCAGAAUUGGUUGUUAAGUAAAGUAAUGUGUUUUCUCUUGUGAGGAGUUAGUGUGAGGCACUCAUGAGUUAGUCUGGUGUUUCAAAUGGUUGUGUUUGAACAAAGAAAUCAAGAUACUUCCUGUUAUAUUUCUGUGCGUAACAUAUAAAAUUGUGUUUUGUGUUUGAUUUGAUGUGUGCUUCUUCUGUUUGAGUUUUCAGAAGUUGGUAACAGAAAGUAAAUAUUUUGUAAGCUAAAAAGUAAAGUAAACUUUAAAUGUCAUCAUUAAAUAUUUGAAUGGGUAGUGGAGAUAAAUGGAUACCAAAAAAUUAGAUUAGUAAUAUGCAUUGCUAAGAACCUAAUUUGCACGACUUUAAAGGCAUAUUUUUCUCUCAGCAUUUAUUUAUUUAUUUUUUCACCCACAGAUUGAAGAUUUUCAAAUAGGCUAGUUAAAUCUUUGCCAAAUAUUAUCCUAUUCUAAUAAACCAUACAUAUGUGGCCGGGCAAGUGUAUU